AUGUCGAGCAUUCUCACUGGCCCACGAGUCGACCACACUCACAAAAGCAUCGGAGGCCGCUAUGUCGUGGCCAGCAUGAAUGAGGGAAGAGAAAACGACGUCUUUAUCCUUGCCUCUCCGACGAUCAAAUUCACCGAGCCCGUCUACUGCCUGAAGUACUGGUACCUCGCUUACGGAGAAGGGGCCGAUUUUCGAUCAGACAUCGCCAUCGACGAUAUUCAACUGGAUCCAGAAGCUUGUCCACUUUUUCCAAUGCCGCCGCCGAAGACGACUCCGGCUCCAACUGGGCCCACUACUGCUUGGACUCCAGUCGCCCUAACGACAAAGGCGUUUGCAACGCGAAAACCCCUCCAACUCGCGAAGAAAUUCAAGCCAAUGUCCGGUAAGCCUACCUAUAACGACGCAGGAUUCCAGCCGCUCAGAAGACAAAAGCUACCGCCGACAAAAUAUGGCUGCGGAGAAGGGUACGUUCUUGAGCCGUUGUACGGAGUUUGCUGUGGAAACAUUCAUUUUUCAAAGUCAAAUGGGCCGAAAUGCUGUGAAUUGGAGGGAGGAAGUUUUAUGACAUAUCAACCGAGAAAACAAAUUUGCUGUGCUGGAAAACUUUUUGACUCUCGAAAAUUCGGCUGUUGCAACGAUCAAGCUUUUGAAAAACGGAGUCAAUUUUGCUGCGGCGAGGAAAUUCGAGAGAGAUCGGAACCAGAGCGCUGCUGUGUUUCCACUCUCGGGUGGAUAACUGACUAUAAUCCGAAAGAAAAGCAGUGUUGUAAGGGUUCUGUCGGAAGUCUUGACAGAGUUUGCUGCGGUGGUGAUUUGAUUCCUAAUGAUGAGAGAUGCUGCCAUCAGAGCGUAACUCCAUCUCCUUCUUGGCGCCUCAACGGAGUCCGUUACAAUCCUUCUAGCUCAAAGAGAUGCUGCAGAUCCCCUGACCUUUCAAAGUCGUUUCACAAGGCUGUGAUUCAAGAUAGCGAGGAGGAAAUCUGCUGCGCUGGAAACGUCGCAAGCAAGCGCGACAACAUCUGCAAAAUCAAUGCUGUCGGGGAAGAGUUCAUGAGUAGAAGAUAUCCGGACUAUUUCGUCGAUUUUAUUUUUGAAGAUCCAUCGGAAUUUAUUUUGGACCAAUUCAGGGGAACAAAUUUCUGA